AUGUCUUCGUCUACGAUGUUAUACGCAACAACCUUAACUCUGCUACUUACAUUGGUACAAUGUAAUGAAUUCAACAGUAUUAAUUCCAGGGCGAUCGAUACCAAAGGCAUGUUAACUUCUUUAGCAACAUCAUUAAUGUCAAGAGGCUACGGAACAACGGGCGGUGGUUCUCAAGUUGUAUCUUUGAAUUUGACUAAUCUUCUGGUUCUGGUCUUACUGAAAGCCUUGAUCUUUGCGGCUGGUUCUCUGGGUGCCGGCACAUGGAAAGGUGGUUACGGGAGGAGCGCUGAUGGUGAAGAAUAUAUCGUCACCGAAGAAGAAAUCUUGAUGUAUCUAAGUUACUUAACAGGAUCCCCGGGUAAUAAUGGUUGCUUGCAAAACAUCGCCUGUCGUCAACCUCACCAAGCAAAACGGUACACAGCAGCUGGCGAGAUGUUACUGAAGGCUUCAAAAAUGGUUAACCCUGAACCGAGCGCAAAUUACGAAUUCACUCUGCAAGAAGUACAAGAAGCUGUUAAAUAUGGUAUGGCUGGAGGAAAUUGCAAAGCACGUUACAAUUGCGGCAACCGACGGUAA